CUAGCUCCAGUCAGUAUAAUUUAACAACUCAUCGGGCGCACAUAUGUCUAACGGCGGAAAUCGAAGUAUUUAAGCAAGUGUACGGGUAUAUACCGAUAGCAACAACAAGCAGAAAUGUGUGAAAAUUUGUUUAUCUUGAAACGAAAUUAUCGAGUGUUCAGCUCACUGUAGUGUCUAGGCAAAUAAUAAGAACAAUAUAAAUAAUUUAUAUAAAAACACACUGACUCCAGCCGCGAUAAACAAUUGUGCUUGUAAACAGUAUUAAAAAAUAUUAAUUUAUAAUUACUCUCAAUUAAAUAAACCACUGUGCCUACAAAAGUAAUACAAAAAUGUCCAACAAAGACGAUAAAGUCAUACCAGAAACGCCAUCAACGGCUACCACCGACAUGUCUUACGACCAGGUGACUUUCGAUGCCGAGGGUCGUUUCACAACACCCGCCUAUAUGCCGACCACCAACUCGGAUGGCUUGCACACGGCUGAAAGCUCGUCAACCGAACCGCUUGCACCACAAGCGACGCGUACACUGCGCCGACGCAUUAUGUCCUUAGAGUUGCCGGUGUUUUUAUUAUUUCUCGGUCUAAUGAUAUCCGGUCCGGUCAUGCUCAAUCAGGAGCUGUAUCAAACCUGCGUGGCCGUUUUCCAUUACAAUGAGAGCGAUUGUGAACCGUUGCGUGGUAUUAUACCCAAAACUGAUGAGGCGCAGAUAAUCGAAAAAAGUCUUCAACCUUAUGUUGCUAAAAUUACUAUGACCAGCUCUAUACUGAAUAAUGUUUGGCCAGGUAUACUAGUUCUAUUUGUUGGACCCUGGUCGGAUAAAUUCGGACGUCGGCCAGUGUUGGUGGUGUCUUUCACAGCCAUGUUUCUGGGACACAUUAUAACCACAGUGUUAGUCAGUUUUUCGAAAGCACUAACAUUGAAUCCAUGGUUCUAUCUGUUGGGUAGUAUACCAUCAACAGUAGUUGGUGGCGGCUGCUCCUUGAUGACUGUCGUAUUCUGUUACAUAUCUGACGUAUCUGAUAUGGAAAACAAAGCGAAGCGCAUGUUCUAUAUUGAUAUGGUAAUGGGUUUGGGUGUAGUGCUUGGCAACAUUAUUAGCAGUUACUUGUUGCGUCUGACGAAUACAACAAUAGUCUGUGCUACUGCUGCUACGCUUGUAUUCAUCGCUUUGUUGUACAUUUUAUUUUUCAUAGAAGAAAGCUUGGAUGUUGAAGAAACCACGUUUACGCAUAAAGCAAAACACUUUUUUGAUGUACGUUUAAUUAAGGAUCUCGUGAAGACCUGUGUGACACGGCGUCCUAAUUAUGGACGAGCUAUCAUUGGUUGUACAAUAUCCAUUUUAAUUGUAUUAAAUUUCGCGAUGUCCGGAGAGCUUGGUGUCUUCUAUCUAUUCCUGCGCAACAAAUUCAAUGUUACGCUGCAACAGUUCACCUACUAUAAUGCUGCUGGUAUCACAAUUAAAAUGAUUGGAUGUGCAGUUGCCUUCGGCGUAUUUAGAAAUCUCUUCAAAAUAUCAUUUUCCGCCAUUGCUAUGCUGGGUUUAUUUGGUUGUAUUUUGGACAGUCUCACACGUGCUUUAGCUCAGCAAUUCUGGCAAAUGUAUAUGGCCUCAUCCUUUGGACUAAUGUCCGGCAUAACGGGUCCAAUGUUGCAAUCAAUCGUUUCAUUAGCAGUGCCAUCAAAUGAAAUUGGAAAAAUUUACUCACUGGCGUCAUGUCUACAAACACUGUCACCAUUGGCUUCUGCGCCUUUAUAUACACUUGUCUACAAUAGUACCUUGAAUUUUUAUCCGGGUUUAUACAAUUUUAUCAGCACAGGACUAAAUGUGGAGUGCUUUUGCGUUAUGAUUCUAAUUUACAUUUUCGAACGACGUGUUAGCAAGAGAACUAAUAAAACGGAGGUGGAGAAGGGAGAUACUGUGGAAUCUCAUACGGAAAAUACGAUAACCCAAAAGACAUAAACAACUUAGACAUUUUAAAAUCUCUUAAAAAGUGAAUUUUGAUAUUUUAUCUAAAUAUUUAGUUUGAAUUUGUGUGGAUAUUAAUUAGUAUUUAGUUAUUAUUUAAGUGAGUUUUAGUCUUUAAGUAAACACUAUCAGUAAGAAUGAAAAUUAUAUACCAAAAUAUGUAAUAUUUUUGAUGAAAAAAGCAGUAUAAACGAAAAAACAUACGCAAAAAUAAAUUUCUAUUAGUUGAAUUUUA